CGGACGUGUCAGAGGGAGUCAGGGCGAGUCUUGACUGCAGGCAUCGUCAUUGCAACCAGGAUGCGCAUCAGCGAGACGAGAAGCCUUCACCUUUUCCCGACAGAUUUAUCACAAUCAAGCGCCUGAAAAUAAAAGGGAGAGCAACAAAGAAACAGCAGCUGUGCACAACGUGACAGGCCAGUUUUAACCUCUGCUCUUCAAGCUAAAACCCGUCGUUUGCCCAGACGCCAGCCCGCCAUGUCUGGGAAGGAGCGCAGCCCCCGCCACCGGCCGUGGUCGGUCUACCGGGCCAACACCUUUGAUCUCUCGGCGGAGAUGAUGGGGCUAGCGCUCUCAGGCAGCAGUCAAGAUCCAGACGAGCCAGUUCUGGAGUUCAGUGUGGCCUGCAGUGAGCUGGUCACGCCCUCUCUGGACCGCAAGCCGACCAGCUUUGUGGCCGUCAGCUGCACCACUCCGCCGCAGGCCUUCUGGACUAAACACGCCCAAACUGAAAUCAUCGAGGGCACCAGUAAUCCCAUCUACCUGAGCAGCAUAGCGUUCUUUCAAGACUCGCUCAUCACCCAGCAGACUCAGGUCAAACUCUCCGUCUAUGACGUAAAGGACCGAUCACAAGGCACGAUGUACAUGCUUGGGUCAUCCAUGUUUUCUGUAAAGGAGCUGCUGCAGGACAAACACCACAGACUGCACUUGACUCUAAGGUCAGCAGAGAAUGAACGUGUGGGCAACAUCACAGUCAUCGCCUGGCAAAUAGAGGAGAAGCGUGAACAGAGAGCACCGGUUGCACGAUUACAGCGGGGGGAUACAGUCAAUGGAAGGAUGGUUCUCCCAGUCGAUGAAAGCCUGACCGGAUCCGCGGCUAUUAAAUCCAAGUGUUCGUCUUUAUGUAAAGAUCCGAUGCUAAAGGCAGUUUUUGGAGGCGUGAUGUCUCGGACGUAUCGUUUCCCAACCACGGAUGGAAACCACCUUCGCGUGCUGGAGCAGAUGGCAGAAAGCGUCCUCUCCCUGCAUAUUCCUCGACAGUUCGUCAAACUGCUCCUGGAGGAGGACGCUGUGAGGGUGUGUGAGCUGGAGGAGCUGGGCGAGCUCGCUCCAUGUCGGGAGAAUCUCAGGAGGCAGAUCAUCACUCAGUAUCAGACCAUCAUCCUCACAUACCAGGAGACCAUAAGUGACCUGCAUGAAUACAAAGGACCUUCGUUUAAGCCCAGCACCUUAAAAGCUGAGAGGAAGUUGGAAUUCAUUCCCACCAACCUGCACGUCCAGAGGAUGAGAGUGCAAGGAGAGGCAGGUUACGAUUGGACGUAUGACGUCGUGACCAUAGGGGCUCCUGCAGCACAUCAUCAGGGUUUUAAAGGCUGCGGCCUCAGAAAACUGCUGCACAAGCUCGAAGAAGCCAGGAAACACACUUAUGAGGAAGAAAGCUCUGCUGGCUUCGGUUCAAAAGGGAUGACCUACCAGCCUCAGGAUGUCGUUAAAGCGAAGGAGCUGAUUGCUCAAAUUAACACUCUGAAAACGCAGGUGUGUUACUACACCGAACGUCUGUCCAGAGCCGCCAAGGAACGCUCAGUCAACGCUCUAGAGAGAACUCUGACCAUCCUCAUGGAGAAGACCCGUCAGUUGGUGACAGUGUGCGACUCCAAGCUGCUAUCAUCAGCCAUCGUUGCCCUUGCCGCUGCCCGCCCACAAUUUUCGCAGCAAAGCACCCCAUCCCCUUCCUCCUCUUCCCUUUCACCUUCUUCUCGCUCUCCAUCCCGUUCCCCCUCUCGCCAUCCCACCUCACCUUCCCGCCCAGCCACUUCUCCGUCGAGACCUGCAGCUCCUCCAGAGGGCAGCGAAGGGAGCAAAAGCAAGCGCACCUCGACACACUCUGACUGUCAUGAGGAAGAGUGGGAGAAGGUUUGGUUAAAUGUCGAUAAAAGCUUAGAGUGUGUGAUCCAGACGGUGGACCGGCUGCUGCAGAGAGACAAACUCCAGAGCGACAGCAGCUCUGAGGACGUCUUUCUGCUCGCUGACGAAGUGCCGAGUGGCACUAAGAAAGAAACCAGUCCAGAAGUUGAAAAGAAGUCUCCAGGCGAAUGGAACGAAGUGCUGUAUCCCCUCCUCACCACGCUGACAGAAUGUGUGUCUCUGAUGAGCGACAAAGCAAAGAAAGCCUUGGUGUUUCUGCUGAUGCAGGACAGCGCCCCCACUAUCGCCAUGAGCCUGUCUAUGCAGUAUCGUCGCGACGUUGUUUUCUGCCAGACGCUGACGGCGCUGAUCUGCGGCUUCGUUCUCAAGCUGAGGAACUGUCUCUGCGACUCGGGUUUCCUGCGGCAGCUGCACACCAUCGGCCUGUUGGUCCAGUAUGAGAGUCUGCUCAGCACCUACGGGGAGGAGUUGGCCAUGCUGGAGGACAUGAGUGUUGGUGUGAUGGACCUGAGGAACGUCACCUUUAAGGUUACCCAGGCUACCUCUGGUUUCAGCCCUGACAUGCUGCCGGUGAUCACGGGGAACAGGACUGGAUUUAACGUCAGGGUUCCCAUGCCUGGCGUGAUGUUCGACACGUUGCCAAGAGAGAUCCAGAACGGGAUGCUGCUUCGGGUGCAACCCAUCCUGUUCAACGUGGGGAUCAACGAGCAGCAGACGCUGGCUGAGAAAUUUGGAGGCACGUCGCUCCAAGAUGCCAUCAAUAUGGAGAACAUGACUCGCCUCAGUUCAUAUUAUGACCAGUUCAAAGAAGUCCUUCCAGAAGACUGUCUCCCUCGGACCCGCAGCACCACCACUCUGCCUGACAUCCUCAAGCUGCUGAGUCAGAAUGUGAACGCCAAGAAAAGCAAGAACGUAGAAAUCCUGUGGCAGGCUGCCGAGGCAUGUCGCCGCCUGAACGGUGUCCGCUUCACCAGCUGUAAAAGCGCCAAGGACCGCACAGCCAUGUCCCUGACCCUGGAGCAAUGUCAGAUCUUGCAGCAGGAGCACGCCAUGGCGCCGCAGGUCUUCUACCAGGCCUUGGAUUGCAUGCGCAGCGAGGGCUGCAGGAGGGAGAACACCAUGAAAAAUGUGGGAUGUCGAAAAUAUGCCUUUAACUCUCUUCAGCUCAAGGCCUUCCCCAAACAGUACCGCCCCCCAGAAGGGACAUACGGGAAAGUUGAGACCUAAAUGGAUCGAUAUUUGAUGGAACCAAAAAAACAAACUGAUAUUAAAGACUGAAAAAAUUAUACGUAUAUAUGUUUAAAAAAAGACAGCAUUAUCAAACAAAAUUGACACAGCAGCCCGUGGUUUUGUGUUUAGUCCGUGUUAGGAUAAUCAGUGUCCAAGUGCCGGUUCUGUUAGACUGUUUUCAAAAUGUUUCCUCCCCUCAUCUUAGCUUUGCUACUAGAAUCACAAUUCACAGCUAACGUGAGGCUUUGUGUGUCACAUCUAAGGCUGUGUCAUGGCUGCACCAGCUGUAGCAUCUGGAGGUUUGCAGCCAUACUGGAUCAUUAAUAUUCUCAUUUCUGUCUGAUAAAUCACAUAAAAUGUUUAUAUGAGAGACAAACUACAGUACAAGAAAAAAACUACAAACCACCUCAUGGAUUUCUUUUUGGGUUUUUUUGUUGUUUUUUUAUAUAUUAUUAUUUCUGUGUCUCAUUUAAAUGUUUCAGAAAAACAAUCCCAAAUAACAUGGCUCUGUGUAAUCACCCCAUUGUUAAAUUAUGAAUUAACUGGGUUUUUUGCUUCACUUGGCAAAGCCAGACCAGAUUCCUGCCUGACCUGUAGAAUAUAGAAUAAUCUAUUGGACAACACAAAGUUGGCUGAAAUAUCUCAGAAGUAACAGAGUAGAAAGAAAACUGAGAGCAGAUGAGAACUUUCAUCUAUUGCCAAGGAAAUGGCUGCAUAAUCAUUUCUAAUGUUUUGGGACACAGUAAGCCAUAAUGUGAAUCAUUAUCAACAGAAAAAAUGUGUAACAACGGAGAACCGCCAUGCACUGGCACCCCCACCAGACAAAGGGUUUUGAAUGGUCUAGUCCAAGGCCAGACUUGAAUCAGACUUCAUACGGGUCCUUAAAUGUGUCAGAAUUACAACAGUUCUGCAAAAAAGAUCAGGCCGAUUUUUUUCCUCGAAGAUGUAAAGCUUCAUUAGUACUCAAUAAAAACUUUAUUGAGGACAACAAAUACAGUUAUUACACUUAUUAGGUUUACAAAGUUUUAUCGUAAUAAUUGACUUUGUUUUCUUUAAUUGAUUAGUAAUAUAAAAUAUUUUUUUCAAAACUGCAGUUUUUAAUUUGUCUGAUAUCAAAAUCUCUUUGAAAACAAUUAAUUUUCAUAAUAAUAAAAGCAGAAUAAAUCUGUUAGGGGUAAAUACUUUUUCACUGUAUGGCACCAGUUUGUCUUUGUCAACACUGUUAUUAUUGGAUGUCAUGUAAAUAACUGGUAUAACACACAAACUUUGUGUUCUUCUUUGCUUUCAACAAGCAUCAACAAAAGCCUUAUUAUAUUGGUUAUUUAACUUUGUCACAGAACCUACUGACUUGAUUCUCUAUAAGUUAAAACUUGUGUCUCUGAGCACAGCUGAGUUAUUUUAGAGAGGAAUUCCAAAACUGCAUAAAGUUAAUAGAGACAUUUUUUAAUAAUUAUAUUUGGAAGCUUCAAAAAUAAACUCAACUAAAGAACUCGAGGCAAAUGUUUGGACAUCCUGAAAGGUCAUGAUAAUUUUUCUUCUCUAUGCAAGCAAGCAAGUCUUAAUAUUUGCUUAAACUGUGUAAACUGUUCAUCAUUUGCCUUCUGCACUACUAUUUGAAAGUGUUUUCUACAUUUAGAAAACACUUUCAGGUUUUAAAGUUGCAGUAUGAAAACCUUCUGUGGCUCUUUUUAAUUGCUGAAUUAUUGAUUCAGACUUGUGUUUUGUUGGAACUGCCAUGUUUUCAUCUAUAUGUUGAAGCUAUAGCACUUCCUUUAUGAGUAAAAAGCUGCCCAGCCAAUUGCACGGCAUCAAUUGAAUUAAUUUGAACAUCUGGAUGUGGUCAAAAUAACUUGCUGAGUAUCAGAAUUGUUCCAGUCCAGAAGGCAUUUCUAUAUGGGGAACUGAAAAAUUGAUAAGCCGCUUGUGGCCUUUUGUAGCUUUCAUUUUUUUUGUAUGAGAGGGGAAAAAUAAAAUUACAAAGAGUUGACGUAUUUGUUAAGAUUCGUGAUUGGAAUCACCUCCCGUCCAAACAGUAUGGGACAUAUAUAUUGGCAUAUUGCUGUAUGUUGGUCAGUACUUGAAAUGCGUUGAAAAUUGAAGUGUUUUAUCCAGAAGGCCCAGUUUAAAUUAACUAAGGCAAGUCUUCCAUUGAUCACAAUCACAUUUAGUUUUCUUCAUGCAGGCAUUUUUAAAAUAAAUUUUCAGUCAAAUUGUAGUUUUUUUUAGGCAAAUAGCAACACCUUUGCAGUAAAAUUUUGCUUCGAAAGUGAGUUUUCCUGAUUAAGUCUGAUUAAGAGCUACAUGCUAAUUAAAGUCCAAACAUUUUCUAAAACUGAUCCGACAUCUUAGAAAUGUGAUAUGCUGUUUGGUUUUAUUUUAAUUUUUAUUCUCAUUAUUUCUCUUUAACUUUGUGCUUUUGGAGUUUGUCUUUUACUUGGUUCCAGCUGGCAAGAAUUUGACUGGUGGUGCACUAACUGUAUAUUAUGUACAAACUACAGCAUUAAUCCACAUCUUAAUAAAUCUUAAUACAUAUUCCUAACAUUUUUGAAGAAAAUACUAUCUCUGUGCACCUUCACAGAGUACAGGUGCAGAAAAGAUGGAAAUUAGAAAAUAAACAUUCUGUUUUUGAUCAUUUUGUGCUAUUUGCUCAAGUCAAUAGAAAUUAAAAGUCACACCAGCAAAACUUGACUAGUAGACUGGAUUCAUAGCAAAUGAAUCCAGUGUAGUGAAACUUUGCUCAACACUGAGUCAGAUCAGAUAAGACACUGUAAUUCAGAGAUGCUGAGAUGUUCCACUGCGUUGUUAGUUUAUGUCCAUCACUGGCAGCAUUGCAGAUGAUCUGUUUCAGUACCAGCUCAGAAACCUUCCUCUGGACCUCGGCUGCACUGCGGGAUGACAGCUGCUGAAGAAUUUAUUGGCUUUAUGUUACUCCUCAUUUCUCAAAUACAACUUUUCAUCACUUUUGACAAUAAGCACACAAAUAUUCUGGGGGCCUUUCAUACAUUUUCUUUCAUGAAAUUGUUAAAUUUACAAAUUAUAAUGUCUCAAUUAUAAGUUAAUGGAUGCUAAGCUUUUGGAUUCUACUUGCAUGAUGAUUAAGUAAACUUCAGCUUAAAUGUGCUGCAGUUGUUUUGCCUUUCAGAUUUUCUAUAAAUCUGGAAACACUACUAGCCUGAGUUACAACAAACACCAGUAGCAGUUUCGUUUAUCAGCUCUGGCCUUCAGUAUGUUGUAUGUUUUUCUGAGUAAUGGAUCAUAUUUUCAGAUAUUUUAUCUCCUUUAAGAGUAUGUUCUCCUGUUACUGACCAAAAUAUGACUUUAUUUUAAUAGAUGGCCACAGCAGUGGCACAGUGCUCUACCCACUGAGAAUGGAUUAAAACUGAAUAAUGAAUAAAGGACUGUUGAAACCA